GGGGUCCUUUCAUAAAAAAAAAUAAUGUAUUACACAUUAUUGGAUUCCUCUACACUUGUGAGAGAGAGGCAUAAUGGAUUACUAUACACUUGUGUUGGGAUCAAUUUUUUCUUUGAUUUUUCUCUAUACUACUCUAGCUAAAUUGUCCAGCAGGGGCACUAAAAAACUUCCACCAGGUCCAUCACCAUGGCCAAUUAUUGGAAAUCUUCACUUGUUAGGUGAAAAACCCCAUGUAUCAUUGGCUAAUCUUGCAAAAAUUUAUGGUCCAAUUAUGAGUUUAAAACUAGGACAAAUAACAACAGUGAUCAUAUCUUCAUCAACCAUUGCAAAACAAGUCCUUAAAAAUCAAGAUCAAGCUUUUUCUACAAGAUUUAUUCCUAAUGCCCUUCAAGCACACAACCAUUACAAAUUCUCUGUGGCAUGGCUUCCUGUUUGUCCUCAAUGGCGAACGCUUCGCAGAAUAUUGAACACAAAUAUCUUCUCUCACAAUAGGCUUGAUGCAAAUCAACAUCUAAGGUCACAAAAGGUGAAAGAAUUGAUUGCCUAUUGUGAAAAAUGUAGCCAAGAAGGUGAAGCUUUGGAUGUAGGUCAAAUUGCUUUCAAAACAAAUCUCAAUUUGUUGUCCAACACUAUUUUCUCCAAGGAUUUGGCUGACCCUUUUUCGGAUUUAAAGGUAGAGUUGAAGGACGUUAUUUGGGGUAUCAUGGCUGAAAUAGGAAAACCUAAUCUAGUUGAUUUUUUCCCUAUAUUUGAAAAGAUUGAUCUUCAAGGAAUAAGGCGUCGCACCUCUGUUCAUUUUGGUAAAUUGUUUAAACUAUUUGAGGGUUUGAUCAAUGAUCGAUGCAAGGAAAAGAAAAGGAGAUGUAGUGAAAAGAGUGAUAUUUUAGAAGUGUUUCUCAAUAUUAUUGAAAACAAUUCUGAAGAAAUUGAUCAUAAUCACAUCAAGUCCAUGUUCCUGGACCUAUUUGGUGCGGGAACUGAUACGACUACAAGCACAUUAGAAUGGGCAAUGGCAGAAACACUUAAACAACCUAAGAUUAUGAAUAAAGCUCAAGUUGAACUUGCAGAGAUUAUUGGAAAAGGAAAACCAAUACAAGAAGUUGAUGUUUCUCGACUCCCUUACUUGCAAUGCAUUAUUAAAGAAACAUUAAGAAUACAUCCACCAGUUCCGCUCUUACUCCCACGCAAAGUGGAGCAAGAUGUUGAACUAUGUGACUACGUCAUUCCAAAGGGCUCACAGGUACUAGUCAAUGUAUGGGAAAUUGGUCGAGAUUUUACUUUUUGGAAAGAUCCUUUAGUGUUUAAACCCGAGAGGUUUUUGAGUUCAGAUUUGAAUAUGCAAGGACAAUAUUUUGAGUUGAUUCCAUUUGGUGCUGGUCGAAGAAUAUGCCCUGGCUUGCCACUAGCAUUGAGGAUGGUUCCAGUAAUGUUGGGCUCACUCUUGAAUUCCUUUAAUUGGAAACUUGAAGCAUGCAUUGAACCAAAAGAUUUAGACAUGGAGGAGAAGUUUGGUUUGACCUUAGCCAAAGCUCGUCCUUUGCGAGUUAUCCCAUCUCCUCUUUGAUGUUGCCUAAUUGAUAAAUAUUAUUUGUAUUUGGUAUCUAUACUGAACCAAACAUUUUUGUUAUAAUAAUUAAAGACUUAAGUGAUCAUA